AAUUCAGGCGAGGCCGACGGGCUCGCAGCGCCCGCGGGGCAUCCAAGAGCAGGAGGGGAUAAAGCAGCCCUGCAGCAGCUCCCUCCUUCACAAGCGACGCGAAGCACCGAGGAGAGGCGGCGAGAGUUCUUGGUCGGCUAGAUGGAAAAGGCGGGCCAGAAGCGGCGGCCGCUGACGGUGAUGGCAUCCUCAUCGUCGCAGGUGGCAGCAGCGCGGGGCAUGGGCAUGACCAACCCACUGGCGGAGUGGACCGACCGCGUCAGGUCGCUGGAGGCCGGCGUGCGGGCGUGGCUAGCGAAGCAGCCCACCCACGUCGAGGCCGCCGUGGUCACGGCGGUCGGCGCCGUGCAGGGCGCCGCGCUCGGCGGGCUCAUGGGCACGCUUGCGCCCGACGGCGGGGCCGCGCUUCCUGUGCCGCCGCCGCCGCCGGGGACCGACCCAAAGGUCUUGGCCUCCUUCAAGCAAGCGCAGGCUUUAGCGGGUGGACCCCUGGUGCAAGCACGAAACUUUGCGGUCAUGACUGGUGCGAAUGCUGGCAUAUCUUGUGUCAUGAGAAGGAUAAGAGGAGUGGAGGAUGUCCAGGGCAGCAUGGCAGCAGCUUUUGGUUCUGGGGCUCUAUUCUCCAUCGUGAGUGGAAUGGGGACCCCAAAUCCAGUAGCUAAUGCAAUUACAACUGGUGUUGGUUUUGCUGUAUUUCAAGGUGGUUUUUUCAUGAUCUCUCAAAAAUUUUCACAGCCACAGAGUGGAGAUACAUACUAUUCUCGUGGAAGAAGCAUGCUGCAAAAGUUAGGCCUUCAGAACUAUGAGAAGAACUUCAAGAAGGGUCUCCUAACUGAUCAAACCUUGCCCCUUCUUACGGACAGUGCUCUCAGAGAUGUGAAGAUCCCGCCUGGCCCCAGGCUCCUCAUACUUGAUCACAUUAAAAGAGAUCCAGAGUUGACAAAAGCAAAUUAAGUGAUCGGCACUGCGGCACUGCCUCACGGUGCCAGUUCUUUUCCCCCUCGAGUUGCAGAAAUUGGACCAGGAGAACCGUUUAAUUUAGCUAUUCAGUGACGACCUCUUUGGAGCAGUAUUUGGUUGUGCUUACUAGUAUAUGUUUUCUAGUCAUCAUUCACGCUUUUUUUUGAGCCGAAGUGUUUGCAAAUCACUCUGAUCUUGGAAUGACAGAAUUUUGUAUUCUCAAAGGUUUAUGCUGAUCAAUCCAGAUUUUACUACUAGUUUAGGGAUGUCAAACGAAGGGAAACUGCAAUUCGCACAUUUUAUUUGGCUUCUGGAUGGUAGUUUGGUUCUGAUCUGUAACGUUUAGCCCUUUGCUAAGCUGUGUCCUGCAUAAGGCUUUGCGGCCUGAUUAAUAUAAGCACACAUGUUGGAAUUUCAAA